GUAGAGAGAAACCACCCAACGGGCCAACUCCCUUCGCCGGAACCACCACAAAAAGGCUACCGUUCUCUUUCCUUUGAUGGAAUACAGUUCAUCAAAAAUCGGGAUUUCCAGUGCAGCUUUCACACCGAACAACAAAGGUCAUUUCGACCGUGAUGGCUUGAGAAAGAAGAAAAAGCGCAGUCUGAUUCGCCUCAUUAGGCUAGCAUCGUAUGUGCUAAAACUUAAGAAAUCUAACAAAUCAAAAUGUGCCCCAUUUAAUGCAACUUCCAUUUGGAAGAAGUUUGUGGGUUCCAUGCGCCCAUUGUACCUGCAAAGCCACCAAUCUCCAUCACGACUGAUGGUGAUGGAGGCCCCGCCGACGCCUUUACGAAACAUCCUGGAUGUUGAUCAUCAGGAGGUUUUAACACCUCCUAUAUCACCAGCUUAUGCAAGCGCAGCUUCAUCCUCGUGCGGAAUGAGCCAAUACGCGUCGGCAACGAAUCUGCAGGAGCUUGAUCAGGUGGAUGAAUGCGAGGAAAAUGAAGAAGAGAAUGGUUUAUAUGAUGACACAGGUGGGGAUGAGAUGAUAGACGUCAAGGCUGAGCAGUUUAUAGCUCAAUUUUAUCAACAAAUGAGGCUUCAACGUGAGGCUUCCCAGAAGACAGGGAUAUGAGGUUGCACAUGCAUGCAUGGAGUUGCGUUCGGCGGGUGGAAUAUUUAAUAAU